AUGCGCUUCAAAAGUUCAGCCAAGGCCUAUCCUCAUGCUCAGGGCACACUGCAGGAUGAAAUCGUGCACCCCGCAAAAUGGUGCCAUAAGCUCCCGCCUAAUGUCUCUCUUGAACUUGGAGCACUAGUCGAGCCCCUGUCUGUGGCUCUUCAUGCUUCAGAAAGGGCGGGCCUUUCACCUGGUUCAACAGUCCUUGUCUUUGGUGCUGGAACUGUGGGCCUACUUUGUGCAGCCAUCACCAAGGUUUUGGUCCCCAGCUCUAGUGUAGUCAUUGCCGACAUACAAGAAGAUCGGGUUAAAUUCGCUGUUAAGAAUGGUUUUGCGGAUGCCUUCGUUGUCGUGCCCAUGAAGCGGCCUACAACGGUCGAGGAUAAGCUGGCUUUUGCCAAAGAGAUGGCUGAAUCGGUGAAGGCCAUCAUUCUCCCCGGAGAAGACAAGCCUCUUGGUGAAGUAUCCGCAACCUACGAGUGCACUGGCGGUGAAAUAUGUUUGCAGGCCUCUAUCUACUCUACAGCUCCUGGCGGCCGGAUCAUGAUUAUCGGAAUGGGCACUCCGAUCCAGACGCUUCCCAUCUCAGCAGCUGCUCUCCGUGAAGUUGACUUGAUUGGUGUAUUCAGGGUUAAGGACGAUCAAGGCAACCUAGUCCUCAAAGUGAUGGUGAACAUGUGA